AUGGCCAACCUAGGCACCCAGAUCAAAGGAGCCGCCUCCUGCCUCCUGCUGUAUUUCCUCGUCCUCCUCGCCUUCUACAAGCCUUCGUCGCCUCCUUCACACUCAGAGAAAUCCUACUCCGACCGUGGAAGACUGGAGGAUCAGCUCCUAUCCGUGGCUCGACAGGACGGCAUCGCGGCGGCCUGGCAAGAGGGCCAAGCGUCAGGAGUGGCACUGUCGGACGAGAACCCGAGCAAGGCCUCCUCCUCUCCACAGGGCCAGCAGUGCCAGGCCAUGUUCACUGUGGAGAAGAACGGGGAGAUCUGGACGGACGAUGGCCCUUACAAGGAGCUGAGCAACCAGCUGCCAUCGCUCCUGAUCAGCUGGUCGCGCGAGAACAGCAGCGCAACAGCUUCUGUGUAUCCGUCGACGCGCCUCAGUUUUCUCAACGGCUCCGUCCCUUUCGUCCCUUGCAAGAUUCGCCAAUACGACGUGCCUGACCUGAGCUCCUGCAGCGCCGCCAGGUCAUCCCGGGGCAAAAAGACCUGGAUCGCUUUCGUCGGCGACUCGAACGGGAGGCAAAAAGUCCACUCCUUCUUGUACUUUCUUCCCCCUGACCUCGAAUAUACUUUCUUCCUCGGCGAACAAAAGGUGACCCGCGAGGCCUUCUUGGCGUCAGUCGCCCACCACCGCCACCGCCCUCUGACCUUCGACAUCCUCGGGCGUCGAAGGGACCAAGGCAAUCCCGAGAAAGGUCAAGAAGGUCCUACUCCUCCUCAGAAUCCUUCUAAUUUCUCGGAGGAACAAGACGUCUUCAGCGCCUUCGACGAACCUUACGACCACAUGGCUUUCAACAGCACGAUGUUCCCUCUCCACGACUCGGAUGUCCCCCUCGAAUCCUACGAGCUGAGGGUGACCUUGGUGUGGGCUCCCUUGGCCUCGGUCGUGCACUCGCCCUUGACCUCAGAGAAAAUGAAAAUUAAUAAAUUGAAGGAGUGGGAGAAACAGGAGGUUAUUCCCGAUGUCAUCGUUGUGGGCUUUGGAACGUGGAUGCUGUUGAUGAAAAAGACAAAAGACGAGCUGGUUCCUUAUACUGAAGCCGAGCACCUGAUUCGCCCCCUCGUGUCGCAGCUCACACACCUGUCUGCGAGAACACGUGUGCUUUGGUGGCAUCAGAGUCGGUAUCGUUGGUUCAAUUUCGAGAAUGAUAUUGCUGGAAAUGACGUGGAGACAUUUCUGUGGCAAAAGAAGAUUGACAUGAACCAGUUCAGUGACGGAAUUCCCUUUAUGGAUGCUUGGCUCUGGUUGACUUCAUUGAGAGGCACCGGCAUGUGGCAGUGGGACUCGACAGUGCCAUUCAACUUGGCCAACCACCGCGAGUGCCUGCUUCUCAGAUCCUCGGGUUUGCAUGAAGAAAACAUGUACUUUGGAAGAUGGUGGAACUGCCAAGACGUCCACCACUCAUCUUACGAGACGAACCAAGACGAGAUCCAGAUGCUCCUCAAUCUCCUGUGCAAUCCUUACCUUGCUCCCGAUAGCCAAUACUGUUGCUCUAGUGUAUAAUGUGGGAGGGAUAAUGGGGUGGUUUUAUCCUUAUCUUUGUUUGUUGUUGUUGUAGGAUGGAUGAAUUGAUCUCUGUGUGUUUUGUGUGGUAUGGUUUA